GAUUUGAAAGGCAGCGGCGCGGCUAGUUUGAAAGCCCAAAGCUGCUGUUUUCCCCCGGACUGCUGAGUCCAGUGAGAGCGGCGCAGGAGUUACAGCCUUGGGAGCAAAAUGGAUGAUUAUGUGAAGAUUGAGAAAAUUGGAGAGGGUACCUAUGGGGUGGUUUACAAGGGUCGGCACAAGACCACUGGGCAGGUGGUGGCCAUGAAAAAGAUCAGACUGGAGAGUGAGGAAGAGGGAGUUCCCAGCACAGCUGUCAGGGAGAUCUCCCUGCUCAAAGAGCUCCAGCAUCCCAACGUGGUUUGCCUUCUGGAUGUCCUCAUGCAAGAGUCAAGGCUUUACCUCAUCUUUGAGUUUCUUUCAAUGGACUUAAAGAAAUACCUGGACUCUAUACCUUCUGGUCAGUACAUGGACGCGAUGCUGGUUAAGAGCUACCUGUAUCAGAUUUUGCAAGGAAUACUCUUUUGCCACUGUAGAAGAGUCCUUCACAGAGACCUGAAACCUCAGAACUUGUUAAUAGACAAUAAAGGAGUAAUAAAGCUGGCUGAUUUUGGGCUUGCCAGAGCCUUUGGGAUUCCGGUGCGAGUUUACACUCAUGAGGUCGUGACACUGUGGUACAGAGCACCUGAAGUGUUGCUUGGAGCUUCCCGGUACUCUACCCCAGUAGAUAUGUGGAGUAUUGGGACGAUAUUUGCUGAGCUGGCCACAAAAAAACCUCUGUUCCAUGGAGACUCUGAAAUUGAUCAACUCUUCAGAAUCUUCAGGACUCUUGGGACUCCCAAUAACGAUGUGUGGCCAGAUGUGGAGUCGUUGCCAGAUUACAAGAACACAUUCCCAAAGUGGAAAGCGGGCAGUCUUUCUGCAAUGGUGAAAAAUCUAGACGAAAAUGGCCUUAAUUUGUUAUCGAAAAUGCUGAUUUACGAUCCCCCAAAGAGGAUUUCGGCAAGGCAGGCACUUGCCCAUCCUUACUUUGAUGACCUUGACAAAUCCAGCCUUCCAGCCAACACCAUCAAGUACUGAGAGACCCCCCUUACAAAGACUGUCCUCAAUGUUAUUGUCAACAAAUUAUUGUGGAUUUCUGUCAUUGUCUAUAUAAGUGUUUUGUUUGCGCCAAUUUUCCACUAAUUUGUGUUGUGGAGUUUUCCUUUGUCUUGAAUUUUAUAACUUUUUUUUUUCUGUAAAUGUUUUGUAUAGAUCAAAUUUAAUCUCUAUACAUGUCCAUAUACUGCUUUUUCAGCAGUGAUUAUAUAUAGUUUCAAUAAUAAAGUGCACUUUUGCAAAUCUG